UCUUGACGGUGCAGCAACGUGGCUUUAAAAUUACGCGACAGUUCGUGUGAUCUGUUCGUUUAUCAAUACUUUUACCCGUGUCAUUUUCGUGGAAUCUGGUGACGAACGUUUUUCUUCAACAAAAAGGAAUCAGAAGAGGAGUUGGCUAACAAGUAUGAAUCAGGAUCAAGAAACACCAGCCACGACUACAGAUUUGGCUAGGCUGCCAAACGAAGAAUUCAACAGGCUGAAUGAGCCACUUCAAACAGUUACCACAGGUUACUGUCCCAGUAACUACUCCGUGACACAACCAAGUACCGAGGAGAAGUUGCACCCUGAGAAUGAAAUAUACCCCACACAGGAAUACAGACAAGAGCCAUGGCUUCAAGAUGGCAGCAGCUGCGAAACGGAGGACAGCGAGCAGUACGUGCCAGAGUUCCAUCGGAUGACAAACGCCAAUGUCAAACAGGAAUCAGCGAAUUGUAGAAGAAUCGAUGAUACUAAUUAUUCACAGUAUCAAACGCCAAUGAACCAUGCACAUUCGCAAGGUAGCACGUUCCUCGAUCUCGAUCCGGAGAAUCGCAGUAAUUGCUUCGGAAAUACUAAGAUGAGCUCGAGAACAAGCGAGGCCACGAAGAACGUAGCGGUGAAGGAAGAACCAACGGACAGAGGAUAUGGGGAGCCGAUUUCCGUGACGAGCAUCCCCACAUCAACAGCUCAGGAUACUCGAAAUAGCAACAGCAUGGUCUACCAGCAACAGCAGCAAUACGGAAGCGGAACGAGAAACACCAGAGGUUCGCCAUCGCCUAGUCGACCAGCCAGCACUUCCUCCGCAGCUUCUCAAUGGCAAUCGACGAUUCCAGCUCCUGGCGAAGCUUUCUUUCCACGACAGGAGAAUUGGAGCUCGGAAGUGUACGGUAAGAGAAGCGUGACGCCCACGUGGACCGAGCUGGGAGUUCAAUUAGAAAGCAGAAAUCCAUCGUGGGAGAGACAGAGUAAUUGUUAUCAAAAGAAAGGAUCUCCUAGCUCGUGGAACACAGAGUAUACUAGCAAGAGGCCAUCCUCGGCGACGGGAGUGUCACCUUGGAGCGAAAUGUCUGUUGGUUAUCAACAGCAACGAAGAGGUUCUCUUCAAUUAUGGCAGUUUUUAGUCACUUUGUUAGACGAUCCUGCGAACGCACCUUGCAUUGCAUGGACUGGUCGUGGAAUGGAAUUCAAGCUAAUCGAACCGGAAGAGGUAGCUCGAAGAUGGGGAGUUCAAAAGAAUCGACCGGCAAUGAAUUACGAUAAAUUAAGCAGGUCAUUGAGGUACUAUUACGAGAAAGGGAUAAUGCAAAAGGUGGCUGGAGAGAGAUACGUGUAUAAGUUCGUGUGCGACCCGGAAGCACUUUUCAACAUGGCCUACGGCUCCGCAGGAUCGGCUGGUCUCCCCAGCGAAGUACAAAACGGCGUUCGAAGCCAAUCGAUAUCUAGCAAGAUAUCAUCUACGAACGACGUUUCUGAUUUAGCAAAACAUCCCACCAAUGGCUACGGUGAUGCAGUUCUUGCCAUGUACUCGAAUACCGCAGCAGUGUAUGGGCCAUCCAGUUUGCAUCAUCUGCACCAGUACCUCGGUGGCAACGAGGGUUUCAAGGCACCAUCGAACAGAUACCAUCCCCAUUACUCGCAUGAGUACAACGGAAGUCACCACCAUCCGCCCUCGAGCUACACAGAGACCUUCCUAAACUACGGUCGCUUGUCGUCCCACGAUGCUCCGACAGAAUCGAGGAGCCAAGAGCUCGCGAGAAUUCCGUACGCACAGGAAACAGAAGGUAUCAGCAGAGAACGAGAGGCGUCAUCGAUUUUGUACGAUGGCGUGCAGAGAACGCAAUUACCGGCUGCUCCAACGCUUUCCCAACCAACCUUGCUAGACGCUACCACCACCAGCUCGAAGAUCGAGCAAACUUCGUACGCCUGCCUCGGCGUAGGGAGCUGCGUCUGCUGAAUCUCUCUCAACAGUCACAACUUUAUCGGAAGACGGAAAGUCAUACGCAUCGAGAAUUGACUCUCGAGAAAAUCUCUAGUCAUAGAUUACCCCGUACUACGUGCUUACACGUUAUACGAUUG